AUGUCGGACGAAACUACUGUAACUGUGCGGCCCGAAGACCCUUUUGCUCCUCAGCCUUGGGAGGCCUUCAAGACAGGGUACAAGUUGUAUGCUGGACACGACUGGCGCCAGGAAAAGAUACCCGUUGAACUACAAACUGUUCCAGAUGAUGGCGAGUCGCUCGAGAAACUCAAGCAGAUUAUCGUAUGGUCAUUGGCACAGCUUCCACCACCCUCUGCCACUGAGAUUCAGAACAAGGCCGAAGCAGACAUCAACAAGUCGAGCACCAAUAAAUGUGGUGCAGGAAGUGAUACUCCUACUGGCCAACUUCUCGUUCCAGACUUCACCAAAGUCGAGGAUGUUGCCAGCUCGCUUACACCAUCGCCAACUCGGAUAGCGGAAAGACCAUCAGCGCUGCAGAAGCGGAGGCCGAAUGCGCGUCAUUACAGCAUCAGCCAAGGGUUGUUCGCCUCAACAAUAGAUCUGCUAGCAACUCUCAAACCAAAGCUCGAUAAGGAUUCCACAGCUCAAGAUUCAUUUAAUGCGGAACCUCAAGUCGAAUGUGUCAGCUGCUUUGAAGACUUUCAGGCUUCCGAGACACCAAUACUUCCCUGCAGUCACCCAUAUUGUAAGACUUGUUUGAAAGAGCUAGUUUUAACGGCUCUUCAGACCGAAUCUAGCUUUCCACCGAAAUGCUGUCUCACCGAGAUCCCAUUACAAACUGUUUUGCUGCCGCUAAACAAGAAGCAAAGAGAGGUCUACAAAGAGACGGCUGCAGAAUACGCUGUCCCAGCUGAGGAUAGAUGGUAUUGCCCCAACACCAAGUGUUUGAAGUGGAUACCUCCGAAAAGAACUUCACGUUUUAUGACUGUCUCCCACCGAUGCUCUCACUGCUCGACGAAAAUUUGUGUUACAUGUCGUGGCAUAGCUCACCGGCGCUCGAGUGAUUGCCCAGAAGAUUACGGCCUCGAGGCCACUUUGUCUCUGGCCGAGAUGCAGGGAUGGCGCCGCUGUUUCAAGUGUCGUGCAUUGGUCGAGCGUACCGAAGGAUGUCGGCAUAUGGCAUGCAGAUGCGGCUCUCAGUUUUGCUAUUACUGUGGCUCCAAAUGGAAGACGUGCAAGUGCACCGACUAUGAGGGAACGCAACGGAUUGCAGAACGAAGACGCCAGAUAGAGCUGAGAGAUGCGGUGGCGGCUGCAGAGGCCGAAGAAAUUGCACGUGCUGUUGCCGAAAUCGAAGCAAUGGAACAACGCGAAGCAGAGAGACUCAGGGCUGAGAGACGUAGGGAAGAGGAGGAACUUCAGCGAUUGGAGCAGCUGAGAGUGGAAGAAGAGGGGCGGAAGAAGGCCGAGAAGGAAGCAGAAGAAAAAGAGUAUCGUCGAAUGCUUCGAAUCUCGGUCGAUGAACAACUACAAGGACUACGGAAGGCGUUUAGCGAGCUGAUGCGAUCACAGCAACAUGCACUCGAUAACAAGCAUUUGCUGGCGGAGCAGGCCCAAAAAAGAGCACAUGAGGAAUAUACCGCUAAACAACAGAAAGAUAGCUUAGAUCUCGUCGCCAAAAUGGAGGCCAACAUAAAGAGGAGAACGGACAGCAUGGGCGAAAAGCAGAAGUCAGAAUUGAGGGCGUUUGAAAAGGAACAGGAACAGGCGGAAGACGACAUGUUCCUUCAGAUCCAGCUCCAUCUUCAGGGCAAACCAAACAAAGAAUUCCGAGAGCAGCGGCUGCGAGAUGAACUCAACAAGCAACGGGAGCAGAAACUUGAGGCAAUCAACAAACGAUUCGGAUCACAGACAGAGGCACUGAAACAGAAUGCAGCUAUGGAGUUGAACAUCCUCAAACAGGCUUCUGAAAGGAGACUCGCAGAGAUUGAAACCAGACAUGACCGUGAGCUUCGAAGCCUGGCGGCUACUGUGACCACGGACCGUGCCUGGUUCUACUAUUUAGUGGAACGACGUCAAAACAUGAUCUCGGCGAACAGCCGUCUGAUGUUGGAGGCCGUCGACAGCAACCAGGAGGUCGUUGGUCUCACUGCAGACGGUGCCAUGAAGAUCGGGCCGUUUGCUAUUCCAGAGCACUCACCGACAUCCAGUGUUACAGAGUCGCCUUCGACCUCGUUCGUUGAGCUCGCAGCAGAUUCUGAACGUCUCCUGAACACCCUACCUUCAGACGAUGCUCUCGGUUCAGGGGUGGCCGGCCUUGUCUCCGUGAACCAGGCUUGGGAUUUUAUGACACUGGGCAGCGCCCUGGGGAGUACCAACUUCAUUCCGAGUGGGACGACAGCCAGAAAUCAGCAACGAUCGGGCCUCGGUCGUCAGGCGUUUCCAACGGCGAGGUAUGCAGCUUAUCACGGUGACUACAGCAUGUCAGGGGCACUGAGCCCGCUCGACGAGAAAUCUGCAUUGUCGCUGUCGUCUUAUCGCGGCCACUCUCGACAGACUCUCAACGAAGCUCCUCCUCCCCCGGUGCCAUCUAUUCCUACACUCUACCUGCCUAAUGAAGCACUACAAGCAGAACUCGCCGUGGGUCCAAAUCCGCAAGCAUUACAACCAAGCGAAGCGCCGCAGCCGCAGCCGCAGCCGCACUCAACACCCCAAUCAACCAUCGAGCCCAGGGGGCUACCUCAAGAAGAUCACAAGUUCAUUGUGAUCCCCAGCCUAAGCGUGCACUCCCGACAGUCAUCGUCCGAUAGCUCCGGGAGCAUGACAAACUACAGCAGUUCGACCUCCAUGAGCAGCCUUGGCAGCGGCUCGGCAGCAUUGACUGGCCAUCAACAAAUUAAAACUGGUUCUUCUUCUUCCGUGAAGCCUGCACUAGAGCACCAACGAAGUCGAAUGUGGUCGUUCCGAAGCCUGGCUGGAAGGACCGCCAGUGAUAAGUAUACCGAGGAAGAAAUUCGAGAGCGCAUGAAGCGGACCGUGGGCGAUGCUUUCGGCACGUAG